UUUUUUUUUUUUUUCUUUUCAUUUCAAGCCUUAGGGACUCGAGACCUGAACCACAAGAUGCAUCACUCCCUGCUGCUGUACCUGAGUUUGGGAGCUUUGGUCAAAUUUGCUGCUGGGAGUGACUGGUGCUAUAAUGGCUGUGACCACACACCAUCCGAAUGGCCACAGCUCCAUGGUUCUUUCUGUGGAGGAAAACGGCAGUCUCCCAUUGAUAUAGUCACCAGCCAUGUUAAGACGGACCCUAACCUGCUUAACUUUACCUUUGUCAACUUCUCCAAACACGUCAUCAAAUCCAUCGAAAACAAUGGCCAUACAGUGAAAUGCAGGUUGGAGGAAAAUGAAGUUGAAGUGAGUGGAGGUGGACUCACUGAUACGUAUUCCACCAUCCAGUUUCAUUUUCACUGGGGUGAUACAGAAUACCACCCAGGUUCGGAGCACAAGAUUGAUGGGCACAGAUAUCCAAUGGAGAUGCACAUUGUCAGUCUGAAGAAAGGUCUUACUGUGGAACAGGCCACGGCGAAUUCAGAUGGAAUUGCUGUUCUUGGAUUUUUCAUAAAUGCAACAGAAGAUGGAAAUAUGUCAGGACCAUGGAACCUGCUCACGUCUCACCUGAUGAGCAACAAAGACACUGAGGGUACCACAAAUUAUAACAUCUCUAUUAAUGACCUGAUUGGAAAUGUUGACCUCACAAAGUUCUAUCGGUACAUGGGCUCCCUGACCACCCCCUCCUGCAACGAAGCAGUCGCAUGGACGGUCUUUCAUGAGCCAAUCAAUGUCAACAAAGAACUGAUCAAGAGGUUUCCCAUGAAGACGGGACUCGUCAAUGUUUUCCGGCCUGUACAAGAGCUCAAUGAGCGUCAAGUGUCUGCCUCCCCUGCAACUCCUCUCCCUCCCAGUCCAUGGUGCUAUGAUGACCAUCACUGUGCGUACAAUUCAUCUCUCUGGCACCUUCUGUCUCAUUCCCACUGUGGUGGUGAACGCCAGUCACCCAUCAACAUUGUGACUAAGACAGCUGUGAUAGAUGAACACCUUGAUGCCUUCACCUAUACAAAGUUUGAUGACAAAAAUGCUAUCAAGUCCAUCACUAACUCAGGCCACUCAGUGAAAUGUGUGCUGAAGGAGGAUACGGUGGAGGUGUCAGGGGGAGGUUUGGGUUACGUCUACUCCACCCUUCAGUUCCACUUCCAUUGGGGCGCUGUGUCACAUGAAUCUCAGGGCUCGGAGCACAUGGUGGAUUCAAAAAGAUACCCAAUGGAGAUGCACAUAGUGAACAAGAGGAAGGAUUUAAAAUUGGAGAAGGCAUUAGAGACUCCUAAUGGCCUGGCAGUACUGGGAUUCUUUAUUGAGGCUGCAGAUACUACCAAAAGCAGCGGUGGCAGCAGUUCAGAGCAUCAAGAGACACAUCCCCCAUCGAGUUCAACAUCUGAUAUGGGAGCCUGGAAAAAACUGACCAAGUACCUCUCAGCUAUUCACAACAUCCGCUCAGAGGUCAACGUCACAGAGGAGAUCUCCAUCGAUGACCUGCUCGGCAACGUGAACCGAGCUGCAUACUACCGCUACAACGGCUCCUUAACCACCCCUUCAUGUAACGAAGCAGUGGUUUGGACGGUCUUCAAAGAGUCUGUCAAGGUGGACCAAGACCUGAUGAUGCUGUUCCCGAUUCAGACAGGAUAUCACAACGUGUUUCGGCCUACGCAGUCUCUUCAUGACAGGACAAUCUUCAGCACCACAUCAGCAGCCAGCGCCCCUGGACCCAUCAUACUGUUUCUGUUGCUGGCAUGUCUCUGUGCCUUUCCACUUAAUUUGCGACUACCAAGAGGAGGUACAAGUGCGUCGAAGAUGAAGUGCCUUGUAGUAGCUGUGCUUGCUGUGUGCGCCCUCGUACCAAGUGUGCGUUGUGCCUCAGACGCAAUUGCCUGGUGUUAUCAUCUGCCAACCUGCAAUGACACCACCUGGCCGGUCAUCGCUCCUAAAUAUUGCAAUGGUACCCGACAGUCGCCCAUUGACAUCGUCUCAGCAUCUGCCACAGCUAACUCCAACCUGACUGCAUUCACCUUCGUCAACUACAGCAGCACCUCCGCGCUCAAAAAGAUGGAGAACACCGGCAAGACAGUCAAAGUCGUCCUUGCAAGUGGUAUUACAGUUUCAGGAGGAGAUCUGCCUGAGGCCUAUGACAGCCUGCAGUUCCACUUGCACUGGGGUAAUGGCGCCUCUGUCCCCGGCUCUGAGCACACUGUGGAUGGCAAGCGCUACCCCAUGGAGUUGCACAUUGUAAACAGCAAGUCAUCCUAUAAUGGAAACACAACUCAGGCUAUUGCUGACUCAGACGGACUUGCUGCUCUUGGUUUCUUCAUUGAGGUAAUGUCAGGAAAUGAAACUGGCCAACCCGCAAGCUGGAAAACUUUGACCUCCUAUCUGUCCAACAUCACAAAUGGCGGCGAGUCUGUUUCGAUGGCACCUGGGAUUUCACUGGAUGAUCUCCUGGCUGGGGUGGAUCGCACCAGUUAUUACCGUUACCGUGGCUCCUUGACCACACCCACUUGUAAUGAGGCUGUGGUUUGGACUGUCUUCAAGGAGUCAAUCAAAGUCAGCAAAGAUUUGAUUGACCUCUUCAGCACAACUGUACACGUCAGUAACAGCUCAUCGCCUCUUAUGGUCAAUGUCUACAGAAACAUCCAGCCAGCGCAGCCAGUCACAACACAGGCUGAGCGCGCCACCAGCUCUGCCUCCAGAACCUGCUACUCUCUGGGGCUGAUGGCCAUGAGCUAUGUUCUGGGGAGAAAUUAGUGCCAAAAAAGAGAUGAAGUUUUUGUGAUGUCUCAACAAGUUAUUGUGUUGUUGGAGAUCCUGUUCCCCUUCCUCAUAUGAUUUUGUCUGACUUAAGCCUUGUCUGAAUUGUUAAUACAUAAAAGUAUGCACUGAACUACUUAUUCUAAGUGCUGUCAAUGUAAUAUGAUCAGUCUUUUCACAUCAAGCAAAACUGAGCCUUAACACUGCAACCACUUGACUGUAGUGCAAUAUAUUAACAAUGGUAUCAUGAAAUAGUUCAAAGAACAUUAAAUGUAAGGAUGGCUGCAUCUGCUCUAAUGUGGUUCUCCAUCACAUACUGUAGUUUUCAUAGUAAUGAUGUUCGGUAAAGAAGUGUACAUCCUCAAAUUUUGAAUCUGUAUGUGCUGCACAUCAUGCAAACAAAACUUCUGUUAAACAUGGUCUGCACGAGAAUUUAGACUUUUGUUGUGUAACACGAUCUAUUGCGGCACAACUCAUGUCUGCUGCCAGAGCUAUAUUCAGGUGCCCGAGAAAGGGAUGUACUUGCACUAAGUUUACUGAGUAGCUGUUGUAAUGGUUGUUUAGAAGUGAUCAAAUUAAUUAAUGAAAUCGGAGUGUGACGUUAUGUAGUUGCAUUUUAAAUCUGCCUUAUAGAUUGAGAGUUUAAAAUCAGUCUCUACCAAUAGUUGUUGCAGAACAUGGUAGUUUUAUCUUUGUUCAUUUUUGUGUUUUUGAUUUUUGCCGUCGGCAGAUGAAAUGUAGCCAAAUUGCCAAGAUGAACACUUCAAAUGAAACCCAUGCUGCCUCUUUCAGUUGGUGUAAUGAAGGACUGAGGUUACAGUACAAUGAACACCAUUAUUUAUCACUAUUGUAUACACCACCUUUUAAACCUGUGUUGAACUACUUGCACAUGUAACAUAACUGACCUCUUAUUAAAUAUUUCUAAAUUAAAAAUGAUCUGAUGUCAGUCA